GAAUAAUAUUACAGAUAGUAUCCCUCGAACCCUAGUCUCUAAUCCCUCUCAAAUCUCGUCCCUCUCUUCUCUAAAGGCCGUCGGCCAUUCUUCUAUCUCAACCCCAUUCUGUUCUUCAAUCCCUAAUCCCCAAUUCUCAUCUAAAUCCCUAAAUCCCUAAUUGUUACGAUAAUUACGGGUGCCGAAGAUCAGUCCCUAGAAUCCUUAACAAGAGGGUUCUUUUAGAAUUUGGCACCCUGAAGAUAGUCAUGAAUCAAGGCAUCGCCCCGACGAAUGGUUUGCAGUUGUUUGGCGAGCUGCUGAAUCUAAACGACGAAACCAGAUGCAUAAAUGGUGGUCAGCGCCGUCCACGCAUCGAAGGCGGUGACUUUGUUGACGACAUUGGGCAGCACGGCUUCAGAGAGAGAGAAAGGUUGAUCCAGGUGAGAACAUAUUGGUCACGAUCGUACCAAUUCUAGUAGGCGGGGUUGGGUUUGCCGUCGACGAGCUGGGGCGGAGCAAGUAGGGAGCCGGCGACAUGACCCAUCAGACGGUGACAUCGAAGGAGAGGAGCUAUCUGAGCAUUGCCAUAAGAGAUAGUUUGUCGGGGUGAGUUUGACGGUCAGUUGUGAAUUGAUCGGGAGAGGCAACGACGACACAUGCAUGGUGGUGGGAUCAAUGGAGGCAGAAGUAGCAGAAACAGAGGAUGACUCGGUGACCAUUUUGGGAGAAGAAACAGGGAGGGGAAAAAAUGACGAUAAAGUGAAGAGAGGAGGAGAUUGACUCGUUAGAGUAUUAGGGGCUCUGAUUCUAUGAAGAGCCCAAGGCUUAAGUUUUCCAUUAUUCAAUCAAUAGCUUCAUAGUACAUAGCAGCAGAGUGCUGCGGUAUACAAGGAACUGAAAGAAGUGAAUUAAGGAACUGCCAAUGCCCAAUAGUGGGCAACAUUCCACUACUAACAACUAACAGCUAGAGAGAAACUUCAGGAGCAAGCUCCUCUUCAUUUCUAAUCGUACACUUGGUAUGUUGUUGUCGUUGUUUUGCUCCUGCAUGUGAUGAAUGUUUUCCUCUGAUCCAUGUAGGAGUGAAGAUUCAACCAAAGGUAGCUAAAUCUUUUUGUUGAGUUUGUACAUUGCAGUGCAGCGUCGGAAAUAGCAAUGUGAAACCUCUGUUUCCUGAGGAUCAGUUGCCAUGGUUGUUUAGUGGUCCUUUCAUUCUACGUGGUCUGGAGUUCUUACUGACUACCGAUUUGGUCAGCAGCUGUCUUGUUCGCUGUGCUGGUGGUGGAGAACUCACCGCCAUUAAGCGCGAGUUAUUAACCGAUAAUGGAGAAAAGGCGGGCAGGACAUACUCGUUGAUAGCCUUACCGGCGGAGGGAUGAAGGUUAGAGAACACCACAGCUAAUGAGAUGCACACCAUUGUAAGAGAGAAAUCAACUUCUGUAUAUAUAUUCAACCCCUCUAAUUACUAAUUAGCACGUCAUUAUGCAUAUACAGAAUAAGUAGAGGAGAAAAGUAGAUUGCUUGUUUAGACUCUGUUCAUUUUGAUCUCAUCGGGUCCGGUACGAAAUGGGAUUUCAAAUUGGCAUCGGUUUGGAUUUGUUCCUGCUCUGCGUACAGUGUUAGAGCUAAAAGAAUAAUAAUUCAUGGGACCGUAGAUCGAAUCAUGUUACACUCGGUCGUCCGGUUCAAGUAUCAGUUUGAUUUGGUGCGUUCCGAUAUAAAUUGACUUGUUGUAC